AUGAAACGCUUCCCCUUCCCAGCCGAGGUUGGUUUCCCUUGGGUCCAAAAUGGGUCGUGCGACCCUUACAUGCCAGUGACGCAGCCUUGCGAGCUGGGGAACUACGCGAGCUACUCGAUCAACGUGACUAGAGAGGAGGAUGUUGUAGCGGGGAUCCGAUUUGCGCGAGAGAAUGACGUUCGUCUGAGUAUCAAGAAUACAGGCCACGAUUACCUGGGCAAGUCCACGGGAAAGGGCAGCCUCUCACUGUGGACGCAGAACCUCAAGGCAAUAGAGGUCAUGGACAACUACUCCAGCCCCUACUACACCGGCCCCGCCAUCAAACUGGGCGCCGGCGUGCUCGCGGUUGAGGCCUACCUGGCGGCCCACGAGCGCGGCUACCGCGUCGUCGGCGGCACCUGCGCCACCGUCGGCGUCGCGGGCGGCUACUCGCAGGGCGGCGGCCACUCGACCCUCAGCAGCGCCUACGGCCUGGCCGCCGACAACGUGCUGGCCUGGGAGGCCGUCUUGCCCGCGACCGGCGAGCGCGUCGUGGCCACGCCCGACGGCCCCCACGCCGACCUCUACUGGGCCCUGAGCGGCGGCGGUGGCGGCACCUUCGCCGUCGUGCUGGGCAUGACGGCGCGCCUGCACCGCGACGGGCCCGUCGGCGGCGCGACGCUGUGGUUUGACGACUCGGGCAUCCUCGACGGCGACAGCAUUAACGGCGACAGGAACAGUAGCAACAGCAGCAGCAGCAGUAGCAGAAAUGACGUCUUCUGGGACGCCGUCGGGGCCGUCCACGCCGCCCUCCCGCCCCUGCUGGCCCGGGGCGUGUCGGCGCUGUACUCCAUCACCGACCGCACCUUCAACCUCUUCAGCCUGACGGCCACGGACCGCGACGGCGCGCAGGUCGCGGCCCUGCUGCGCGCGACGCUGCUGCCCGAGCUGGAGCGGCGCGGCGUCCCGUUCGCCUUUGAGGCUCACCAGUCGCCCGGCUUCCUGGCGCACUUUGCCCGGGACCUCGGCCCGCUGCCCUACGGCCUCUUCAGCACCGGCCAGGUCACGGGCAGCCGCCUGAUCCCGCGCGCGGUGGUGGGCGGCCCCGCCGUGACGGGCGCGCUGCGCAACGUGACCGCCGCCGCCGCCGCGGGUGACUUUUUCGUCGCGUGCCAGGCGCUCGACGUGAGCGGCGGCGGCGACUCGUUCCUGCCCAGGGUCGCCGAUAAUGCAGUCCUACCGGCAUGGCGAGACGCAGCCACGCACUGCAUCGUCGUCGGGCCGUGGGACUACGGCGGCGGGGGCGACGCCGAGGGGCUGGCGGUCGCGCGGGCCAGGAUGGAGGCCAAGCAGAGGCAGCUCGCUGACGUUUUCACCCCGAUGCUCGAGGCCGCCACCCCCGGUUCCGGCACGUACCUCAACGAGGCCAAUUUCCAGCAGCGGAACUUCCAAGAGCACUUCUACGGCGCCAACUACGAGCGGCUGCUCCGCGUCAAGCGCAAGUACGACCCGGAGGGAAUUCUCUAUGCUGUUACUGGGGUUGGGAGCGAGAUGUUCGAGGAGGACGCAGAGGGUAGACUCUGUAGAACGGUGGAGGAACGUUGAGUCAUUGCAAAAUCAAAACAAACCAUGUGUCACACGGGGAUUGAACCAGUGCCGACUAAAGGCCGAUUGGAUGGGCCAACAAAGCCAGUUACAGGCCGAGGAUUAAGGCCAACACGUUGGUUGGAUCGGAUAGGGAAGGUCGCAAAGACCAUACAUGUAUUACACGCCCGGUCGAAAGGAAAACCCCUUUUUUGGCGGGAAAUGUACCCAACCAGGAAAGGUACGUACCCCAAGCGGGAUACGUACUUUUCUCCCUAUCCUUAUCCCAUUUCCUUAAUAGCCUAUAUAAAAAAAGCCUUUUUUUUAAGGACUUCCUAAAAGAUUUUGCUCCACCAAGCAUUUUUUAAAGGCCUUAAAAAAUUAUUAAUAUAUUAACCACCCUCCAAGCCGAUUAUUAAUCCCCUUGUAACAAAUAAUUUCUUAUUUUUCCGGGAUUGCUUUAAUUGCA